CUCACGGGCUUGUAGAGAGAGUGGAAGGAUAUCGAGUCACACGUGUGUGAUUAAUCAUUCCUGCUGUCUCGGGGCCCUACAUGAGUGGCCAAGGUAAGUCAUUACAAUCUGCAGUUUUGAUUUACAGGGUGAAAUAAGCUGUGCCCCGCUGGCAAGUGUGAGUAUCGACAGAAGAGGAGCCGGGGAGUCGGUGUGGCAGUGUUUGUGUGUCUGUGUGUGUGUGUCGUUGUUGGUGCGCCGCACGUUGCUCCACGAUUCUUGUCCCCCUCUUAUCUACCCUGUGUAUUUGGAGUGUUACGUGAGGACUCUCUUUUACUUUGUGUAUGUACUUUAAUUCUUUGGUGUCUAGGUGUGCUAAUUCCUCAGUAGUAAGCAGUUAUCAGCCAAGAUAUUGACUGUGUGGUACAGGCAGCACACACCACCACAGCUCCAGAGACAGGUUACUCGCUAUGGACAGCCAGUUGACGCUCGCCUAAAUUUUGGAUGCAUUCAUCUAGAAGAUUUAUACCAUGGAGAUUAAUGAGCCUGAAGACAUUAAGUUGUGUAAUACCAGCGUAGAUGAUGCUCUCGACAAACUGGGAUUAGUUGAGCCCCACAGCAGCUCUGAGUAUGAAAUCCUCACUGCCCCGCCAGAGGACUUGUUUGACAACUUCCUGGGCGGUGCGGGGAAGGAUGGCUGUCCACUUACCAGUGAUAAAGAGGGCCCCAGUGAUGCUGUUGGUGGUGGUGGCAGCACCUCAAAGGAAAAGGCAAAGGAUUCUGCUAAAGCAGAAAAGAAAAAAUCCUUCUUUCAUUUGAGUGAUAACAUGAAGAAGGACUUGUCAUUGCUUACCUAUCCUUCCAAAUCUCAGCCACGAAAGAAGGGUAUUAUGUCCAGCAGAACCAUUCCAGCUUCCAGGAUCACAAUUGCAGAAGCUUUGAAGAAAGCAAAUGAUGCAAGCAAGGGCAUCAUUAUCCCACAUGCCACCCUAGAUGAGAUGAAUAUCAAAGAACUGCAUAUUUCUGAUUUGCAAAGUAAAUCUGAUACUGUUGUGGGCAAGAGCAAUAAAGCAUCUCAAAAUGCCAUGGGGCCGCCGGCAGACAGUAACACUCCUGAGGUGCCGAGAAUUAGAGUGAAGAAAUUUGACUUGCCUGUUGAGAAGGUAGCAGAGAGCAGUGGUGCUGGUGCAGCUGCCAAAGAGUCUGCCUCAAGCAGCGAAGGUCAAACAGUGUUACUGGCAGGCAAGGCAAAGUCCGGCUCGUCAAAGUCCGGCUCCACUCGGAUACAAUUGACAAGGAGAAUGUGGGAACUGCUAAAGUUUACCUUCAUUCACGAACAUUUUCCCUCGUCUGUCCACAUGGCACGGCUCGCUAAAAUGAUGGGGAUACCUUGGUCACAAGUUCGCAAUUGGUUCACUGAUCGGCGGGUGGACAAUAAGAAAGCUGGCAUUUAUCCCCGGGACAGGCCCCUCACUGACUGUCAUUACUGCAAUAUUUUCCUCAAGACUGAAGCAGAGCGGAAGACUCACCUCUUUGCCUCGUCACAUGUCAAAAAAAUUCUUGGACCGGAAUACUGUGGUGGUGGUGGUGGUGGUGGUGGCAGCGGUGGAGGAGGAGGAGGAGGAGGUGGUAGUGGUGGAGUACCUUCAGAAUCCAUCAAGUGGAAGAAGCUUCCCAAAACAGUAAAUGCUGUCAGCAGUGUCUCUGGCGCCAGGAUCCUUGCUGUCGGCUUCAGUGCCGAGGAAGGCGAGAAGGAACAGGAAAAGAAGAAAAUGGAGACAGAAGUGGGAAAACCUGGAAAACCUACCAACUCCAAGGAACUGAAGAAGCUGUGGACGGACGCCAUGUUGCUCUCUGAGAAAGAACAACCAGCUGCCGACUGGGACAGUGCUGCGAGAGUCGGUGGAGAGAAAAGCUUGCACAGUCGCUCUGAGCCGUGUGUUCAAGGCAAAAGGGACACUACUUACACUUUGAGGAUGGCAGAUCUAAAAGAAAAACUUGCAGUGCGUAAGCAACGUGAAAACAUGUGUGACAAGAAAGUGUCAAGUGGUAGGGACUUCCCCGUUCCUUUUGAAGUAGGUGUUCCCAGUAAUAUAAGUGACAAUGUUCCUGUGACAGUGAAUAGUGCCACAACAACGGCCAGCGCGGCAGUGAGUUCACACGAUCCUGGUGUCACAAACACAGGUGUUGUUUCCUCGCCAUUGUCUGGAAACUUGCACCUCAAGAAGCAUCCUCAAACUGAAGACAUGUCUGCUUUGCUGGAGUCAGAAAUGCCAAGGAAAGUUAGUGCCAGUGGAAAGAAGCACAACGCUGGUGAGAAGGAGAGACCCAUCACGCUGUCUGCAGAGGUUCUUUGCAAAGCUUAUAAAGGAAAUCUUCACAAAUUGAAAACUAAGAGCAAGUCUACAAGUUCAAAAAGUGGAUUCCUAAAACUAUCAAAUAUUAGCAGAGAAACCACAUCUUCUAAAUCUUCUAUGAUUAGUAUACAGGACAUGGAAAUGAAACAGGAGCAUGUACCUGAUGACUCAGUGAACAAUACUACUGUGUACAAAAGUGAUGUCAGUGAUGGGCAAAGUAAGCGUGAAGCGUCUUUAGUAAAUGCAAGUAAACAGUCAUCACUUGUCAAUCAGAAUGUGUCUGGCUCACCGAAAAACUUGCAAAAAACUAGUGCGGUAACUCAUGACAUAUCACAAAUAAGAUCAAGGAGUGGCUUAGCAGUCAAUAAGAUAUCUAGAAUCAUUGAUAAGAGAAAAGAUAAAGUUCGAACUCAACCACUUGGCUCGGUGUUAAAAGCAAGCAAGGCGACAUCAGCAUACGAGGGAAACAUCAUUGUUGGCUACCAGUGUCCUAACUGCAACAAAGUGUACCAAACCGAGUGGCUGAUGAUAAAGCACAGUGUCACCCACUUCAAGUAUCAUUGUGAUAUAUGUUACAAAACUUAUCCUACUGAAAACAUGAUGAAGAUUCAUUUACUUGAUCAUCUUACUGGGGCAUAUGAAGAUGAAAAAUAUUACUGUCAAUUCUCUUGCAAGAUCUGUCACAGUCUAAAAUGUGGCUGUUAUGAGCCAACAUACUGUAAGCCACAAGAUUUACCAAGGUUAUUUUUAAGGCCACAGAAGGCAAGGAGAUCCAAGAGAGGCUUCGUCACCAAGCUGAACUCUGGCCCCAAUGAUCACUUGAAGAUUAGUUUGUCAAGUUAUAAAAAACUUUUGUUAUCUGAAAGUCUAGGAAAUGUUACCAAAGAAAAAAUAGAAAAAGCGUCUCCUCCCAGAACAAUGUUUAUCCAGGAUACCAAGAAACCUGUUGAAAAUGAUCAGAAGCCACCUCCAUCAAGUGUUGCAGAUUCCCCAAAGAAAGUCAUUGUCUUCCGGGAAGUGCAUAAACCUAACACCCCAACAGAAACACCAAAGGUUUUGACAUUGGAAACAGAGAGCAAGGAAUGCAUCAGUGUUAAAGUGGAAACUACUCCUGCAUUUCUUACAAAAGACAGACACCCCAUGGACAGUGUUGCCAGUGUAUCCGGUGAACAGGUUAAGGUAAAACCAGUUAUCACCACUGUAGAGAAAGACAUAAUCCUAGCAAGGGAGAAACAACAGAACUGGAAUAGAAUGAAAAGAAAAUUGGCCUUGAGUUAUGAAAGAGAAGUGACUCCUUCUCCUCAGCCUCCGUGUCCUAGCAAGUCUGAGGAGACGGAGGAGGCACCAGGCAGCACAGGUAGCACUAAGAGGGGUGGAGGCAGAAGACGAACAACCAAGCAUGCCAAUAAUUUUGCCUACAAUGAUACAGACUUUUAUUAUAUGUGUGAAAUCUGUGAUGCCAGCUUCACAUGCAAGGCUGAAUUGAGCGAGCACAUGUUCCUCCACCGCCUUAAGUCCCGCAGCCGAGGGGAGAAGAGAGGCAUUGCUUGGGCACCAGAGGAAAAGGUGCCUAAAAAGGUCAAAGUCAGUGAAGUGCAAGUUCAAACCAGCAAGCCGCCGCCAACUGCCACUGAAAGUCAUACCUGUAAAUUGUGCCACAUUACUUUUGCAAAAAUGGCAGAUUAUUAUGCACACAAGAUUAUGGCUCACAACAAAACACCACAACAACAAGCUCAGACGCUGGAAGUCUUCCGGUGCAACUACUGUGAUAAGAUUUACCGUAGAAGAAGAGAACUGAAGAGGCAUUUGAAACGUGAUUGUACAAAUUUCCCGUCUUCUCUCAAAGGAGAACUCUUGCGUGCUGCUUCCAAUAAUGUUAUAGAAGAAGCACAUUACACUACCAUGAAUAUAGACCUUGAUGAGAAGUUAGACACAACCCCAAAGUUUGUCAGCAGAGGUGCUUCCAGAGGUCCUAUCAUUUGUAAAUAUUGCCUGGCAGUAACUAAAAGAGAAGCAGAGAUGAAACGUCACAUUUGGAAGUUUUGUCUCAAGGUUCCUGCUGAUGUUGUCAAAAAAUUUAUGGAUGGUGCAUCAUUAGAAGAACUUGGGUUUAAGUACAUAAGAGAAGAAGCAGCACCCACGCAAGAUUCACCCACAGAUAGCCCCCAAAGUAGCCACACAGACAUUUCCAGGCCACAAAGUGCUGUAGAGGAAUCGUUGGAUGAAAUACAUAGUGUUCAGCAUUCAGAGUCCAGCACAGCAUCAAGUCCAAACAAACAGAAUUCAUCAGAAACAAAGUCUUUUGUAAUGGUAGAACCUUCUGAAACAAUUCCAACUGAACAUUCCUCACAAUUGCCCCCUCAUCAAACAACAUCACAUGUACAAGAGAGUACAUCUCCAGAACCAAACAUUGUGGAAGACAAAACAUUAACAGUUCACAGUGUGCUUGAAGAAUCACAAUCUGAAAAAGUCAUAGAAAUGGAGACCACUGAUGAUCAGCCACAGCCAGUAUCCUCUGAGAAGCAAAGUUUGAGCACAGUUCCUGCCCAAGAAUCAGUGGAAAAUAAACCUGAAGAACAGACUCCAGUUGAAUCCUCACCACAAAGAAGUCAACCUCAUGCAAAACAGAGUCUCAUCAAACCCCAGCCCAAAGAAACAAAGGCAGCGUCCUCGGGUGGAGGUGGCAGUGCAGACGAGGUGGCACAGACAGCGGCCUCCACCAGCCCUCUAGCUAGUCCUGUUAUGCAGUUUCCUCGCGUUGUUCCAGUGAUGACUACAUCACAGAAAUCAAAAAGACCUUUAGUGUGUGGCUACUGUGGUAUAUGGUAUUUUAGAGAAAUGGCCAUUUUAAAACACAUGAAGGAGCGAUGCAUCAAAAUACCAGAGUUUGAGAAGAACUUUUUGAUACACAAUAGUAGCCUUUGCAAUGUAGCUCAGAAAGUAGGAGGAGCUAACCUUGCCACAGACAACGGUGCUGUGUACAAGAUGGUCAAGAUGCCCGAACACAUGCAGAACACGCCUGUUCUUGUGCCAAAAGACGUCACCAAUGAAGACAUUAAGGAACUGAAUAAAAACAUUAAAGCUUAUAGUGAAAGUACACCCACCGAAGCCAAACCCUCGGUGAAUGAACGAGUGGAGGUUGUUCCUGUACUUGGCAUGCCUGCAGGGAAUCAGACUCGCAGCACACCAAGCAAGAGAGGUUCCAGGUGCCGCAGGUGUCACGAACACUUCAGCUCACAGGAGGCUGUCUUGGCACACAGCAGUGUCCACCAUGGACCAAAGAAAGGUUAUUACAAGUGCAAACUUUGUCAUGCGAGAUUGCUCAAAUAUAAGCAGCUAAGAGAGCAUGUCUGGGAACACACUAAUGAAAACCCCUAUCGGUGUCACCUGUGUCAAGUGAGGUACAGAUCCAGUGAUUCACUCAUUGACCACCUACUGACAAAGCACCAGUUCACCUCCAUCAACGACAAGAACCUGUACAAGUGGCUGCCGGGCCGCCAUGGCAAGUACAGGGACAUCAAAACCAAGGUCACUGACUGUGAAGAGAAACUUGAUGACAUGGAUACUAAUUUGGACAGUGUUGCAGAAGUCAUGUUCAUCACAGAUAAAGACAUUUGUUCAGAGGGCUUUGAGAGCAAAGACACUAAAGAUGGUAGUGAAAAACCAAAGCAGUCAGAGGGAGACAAUAAGAACCUCCUGGCAAAUUCCACUAGUGAUAAAAAUUCGCAUGAAAACAGUUGUUUAUCAAAUGAAUCAAAAACACCACCAGAAAGUUCAAGCAGCAGCUCAAAUCAUACGUUUGUGAAUAAUGCAAUCAGUGAAAAUAUUACUGCAGACAAAACAGACGCUUUGAAAGAGGGAAAGAGAAAUGCAAAGGAAAGUUCAAGGAUUUCUUGUGACAAUUCUAGUGUAAAACAACCAAGAGUGCAGGGAGAGAGUAAAGAUGAAGAGCAGACAUUGCCAGCGGAAUCUCUCACAGUUAGCAAAAGUAAGAAUGGUGGUGAACAGAAGAGAGACUCAGUCAGUAAAGGAACAGACACUGAUCAGGAUGCAGAGUUUGGAACCAUUGACAGCUACCAUGGAGAAGGACUCUUGCCACUUGUGGAUAAUCUUGACAGUGUAGUGGAAACUAUUCAAUUGACAGACAAACAUUUAUCAUGAUUCAUAAAAUUAAAUAUCAAUUGUGAGUGAAAGAAAGUCUUGUAAUGAAGGAUAUAUUUUUAUUAUUGAUGGAUAUUUCUUUCCCCAGUGCCCAUUUUACUUCCACCAUGGAACAGAAGCUGUGUCAAUUUUGUUGCCAUCAAAAGUGUGCCAUUCUGUAAUGUCACAAGUUAUCUGAACACAUCAGGGAUGCAUCAACCUCUUGUUUGUGAUACAUAUUAAGUUACAUAAUAAUGAUAACUUUUCUAUGUGAUGUAAUAGAAAUAAGUACAAAUAAAUAUUAUCAGGAA